UCUCACCAAGACAACAUAUGUACGAGAAACACCAUCGUUCAAACCCAGGAACAUAAACACCAACACAAAACAAAAAUCUGAGAUCUACACAACACAGUUCAGUUCCAUACAGUUCAAUCACUAUCUCUACUUUCAUGUUCAGUUCAUCAAACAUUGCAGAAAUGCCAAUGGUUCCAAGAUUCCUCCAUACUCAAAACCGUUUCAAAGAUCUCCUCUUACUUUUCUCCACACUUGUAAUCUUCUACUUAAUCUUCCUUCUUCACCAUAUCCACACCCCUAAAACAUCCUUCAAUCCAAAUCCAAAUUUCACCAAAACCCCUUCAAUUCCCACUAAUCUUUCACUUUCCCACCUCUUCUUUUCAAUAGCUGGUUCUUCUUCUUCUUUCUCUCAACGUCUCCCUUAUAUUAACAUCUGGUACAAACCCAAUAUCACAAACACUGUUAUUUUCUUAGAUAACCCAAUUUCAAGAACUCACAUUUUAUCUCCGCCAAUUCUCGUUUCAUCAAAUACUUCUAAGUUUCCUUAUUCUUUUCCUUCUGGUCGUAGGUCAGCUAUUCGUAUAGCUCGUAUUGUUAAAGAUACGUUUGAUUUAGUUAAGAAUGUGAAUUUUAGUAAUACCCGUUGGUUUAUUUUUGGUGAUGAUGAUACUAUUUUUGUUGUAGAGAAUUUGGUUAGUGUUUUGGAGAAAUAUGAUUAUGAGAAGUGGUAUUAUGUUGGGUAUAAUUCUGAGAGUUAUGAGCAAAAUGAGAAGUAUUCGUUUGAUAUGGCGUUUGGAGGGGGUGGGUUUGUGCUAAGUGCUCCAUUGGCUAAGGUUUUAAGUAGGGUUUUGGAUGAUUGUUUGAUGAGGUAUCCUCAUUUGUAUGGAAGUGAUUCCAGGGUUUUUGCUUGUGUUGCUGAGCUUGGAGUACGCUUGACUCGUGAACCUGGAUUUCAUCAGGUUGAUGUUCGAGGAGAUCUAUUUGGUAUCCUUUCCGCACAUCCAUUAUCACCUCUGUUAUCACUUCAUCACUUGGACGCCGUGGAGCCACUUUUUCCUGGCAUGACUAGGAUACAAGCCGUGGACCAUCUUUUCAAAGCUGUCUAUGCUGACCCUGCUAGGAUUUUGCAACAAACAGUGUGCUACGACAAGUCCAACUCUCUGACAGUUUCAGUUGCAUGGGGUUAUGCCGUUCAGGUGUUUGGAGGGAAUGAACUUCUUCCAGAUCUCCUCUCGCUGCAGCCAACAUUUAGACCAUGGAAAAGGGGUAAAAACGUCGCUGCAAAAUAUAUGUUCAACACUAGAGUCUUCCCCGGUGAUCCAUGCAAAAGACCUGUGGUCUUAUUCUUGCAAAAUGUUCUUUCUAGUAGAGAUGGAAUAUGGACUGAAUAUGUAAGACACGAUAUCGGCAACUGCGUAAGAAGUAAUCCUACAAAAAAAUUGGUAAAGAUAAGAGUCUUCUCGCAAAAGUUAGCCUUUGAUGCUGAACAGUUAAAAGCACCUCGCCGACCAUGCUGUGAUAUUUCAUCACCAAUCAGUGAGACGAUGGUAAUUGGUAUUAGACAAUGUGGGUUUGAUGAGUUGAUCUCAAUGAAGACUUAGAAAGAUCCUCAAAAUUGCUCUAGAAAAAUGACCUGUCAAUCCAAGGUCGGACGGAUGAGCGGGGAUAAUGCAGUCUCUUGCCAGGGACUCUCUCUUCAUUUCUAAAUAUAAGAAUUUUGCGAUUGUUACUCGUAUCUCUUCUAAUUUUAAGGGACCCUAGUAGGAGGGUGUCAUGUAUGUUGCAUCUCUUCUGGAAUGAGUACGAAUCACCCUUAAGAAACCUUGGUGGCUUGUUGAUUCCACGGAUCUAAUGGCAAAAAGGUGUUCUGACAUACCACUGAUUGAAGUUGUUCUGAUUUUAGACAUUUGUAACUGGAGAAAGAUGAGUUGUAUAACUAUAACUUCAGCCAUUGAUAACGCUGAGGCUGACCUCAGGAAAGUGUGUAUGAUCCUAUGGAUGUAAGGUGGCACAAAAGACAUAUUGAUUCACAGAAAAUGUAACUUAAUCCUCAUCAAAGUGUGGUUUUGAAAACAUUUCUUGUUUACGUGGUAUUGGUAUUAUGUAUCAGAAUGUAAAAUUCAAUAAGAAAUUACUGGGGAUGUAUAGCUAUAUUGAAUUCUUGACUGUAGGUCUA